AUGCCGCUAUUACUGUCCCUUCAAACACAUUCCCAAGCUGUUGAAAACCUGGUCAUGGCGGAUCAGAGCAUCUUCUACUUGAGCUGCAUGUUGCAGUAUUUUCUAUCCUGCACAGCUGUAGUGACCAAGUCCUUCCUGCUGGUAGUGAUGGCUUUUGACUGCCUCGUGGCCAUCUGUAAUUCUCUGCUUUACACAGUGGCCAUUCCACAGAGUCUCUGUGACCUGGUGGUGGCUGGGUCAUAUCUUUGGGGUGUGACUGGCCCCUUGGUACUCCUUUGCUAUGCUCUCCAUCUAAACUUUUCUGGACACAAUGUGAUCAACCACUUUUUCUGUGAGUACACCACUCUCAUCGCUGUGUCGAGCUCUGAUGUUCACAUCCCCCACCUGCUGCUUUUUGCCUUUGCCACCUUCAAUGAGGUGAGUACACUGCUGGUCAUCCUCACACCCUACAUUUUCAUUCUUGUGGCUGUACUAAAAAUCCGUUCUGCCAGCAGGCGUCGCAGAGCCUUCUCCACCUGUGCCUCCCACGUGACCAUCAUCACCAUCAUCCACGGGACUGUCCUUGCCCUUUACUGCGUGCCUAAUUCCAAAAACUCUCAACAAACGGUCAAAGUGGCCUCCAUAUUUUACACAGUCAUCAAUCCCAUGCUGAACCCUCUGAUCUACAGUGUAAGGAAUAAAGAUGUGAAGGAU